UCUUAGACUCUAACGAUAUUAUUCGUGUCGGCGGUCGCCUGAAUAAUUCCCCCUAUACUUAUGAUGUUAAGCAUCCUAUUUUGCUUUGUAGUAAGCAUCAUUUUACUACAAUUCUUUUUGAUUAUUUUCAUAAAAAAUAUAUACACGCAGGCCCCCAACUCUUACUUGCAAAUAUUAGACAGAAUUAUUGGCCGUUGGGUGGCCGCAACUUGUCAAAAAAAUGUGUUCAUAAAUGCGUUCGGUGCUGUAGGUAUAGAGCCAAAACUAUUCAGCCUAUUAUGGGUCAAUUGCCAUCGUCUCGCACCGAACUAGAGUACCCAUUCUUACAUUGUAGUGUUGACUACGCUGGGCCAGUUCUGAUAGCCGAUCGGAAAGGGAGAGGUUGCAAACUCAUUAAGUCAUUUUUAGCCAUAUUUGUUUGCAAUUCAGUUAAAGCCAUACACAUCGAGCUCGUUACGGCUCUGUCGAGUGAAGCUUACUUAGCCGCUUUAAAUCGUUUUGUGUCACGUCGUGGCAAGCCUCAAAGCAUCACGUCUGACAAUGGAACUAAUUUUGUUGGUACUUACAAUGAUCUUUCAAAAUUCUUAAUUCAGUCCGAUGUUGAGGGCGUAAUAGCUCAGGAGGGUAUUGACUUCAAGUUUGUUCCAGCGUACAGUCCCCACUUUAACGGCUUGGCAGAGUCAGCUGUUCGUUCCACGAAGCACCACCUUAAGCGGCUGUUAGACGUCACUCACCUUACUUACGAGGAAAUGUCUACGUGCCUCACGCAAGUUGAGGCUAUUCUUAAUUCACGUCCCUUGACCCAGCUUUCAUCUGAUCCUUUUGACCUUUCCCCCCUUACUCCUGCUCAUUUCUUAAUUGGACGAUCACUCAUAUCCAUACCGCAUCCGCAAAUCAUAGACGAUCACAUAACUCGCCUUGACCGCUACAAAAGAAUCGAGCACAUCAAACAGCAUUUUUGGCAACGCUUCUCGCUGGAGUACGUUAGUCAGCUGCAACAAAAGCUCAAGUGGCAAGACUCUAGGAGCGAGAUAAAACUCGGCUCCCUUGUUCUCAUUAAGGACCGUACUCUUCCUCCCCUGCUAUGGUCGUUAGGAAGGGUAAUCGCAACCUACCCUGGGAGUGAUGGAAUCGUCAGAGUCGCCGAGUUGAGGACAAAAAGAGGAACCAUCCGAAGGGCCUUUAAUAACAUCUGCCCUCUUCCAGAACUUUGAAGCCUUCUUCAGCAGCCUUCAACCCGGGGAGCAUGUCGCGGACCGGUCUUGACGCACGGGAGGAGACGUGCGGGAGGAAUCCCACCACCACGAGCAGCGCGCCGUCCGCCGAGCGCGCCACAUUCGCUUGGGCCCCCAACCAUACAUAGCACGUACUACUCGAUCGGACCUCCAACUCGCGAUCGCCAUUUUGUAUCACCACGUCGUAGUUUAAUACUUAAACCUAAUUGUAAACGGCUAUUAAACCAGCCUUAUCGAAAUACA